GAGAUUUACAAUCAAAUAGCAGAAAUGGAAGUUAUAAGCAUAUCAAAACAACAAAUAGAAGGUGGACUAGACCAAGAACACGUGACAUUUCUGGUAAAACUCAAAGAUAUCGAUAACAAGAAGAUAUCAGAUAACAGUAUGAAUGUUUUUCAAUCGAAUGGCAGUCAAACUUCUUUAAAUAAUGGUCACUUUUGUAAAGCAUUUCCAUACCAUAUUGUCUUUGAUGAAAAUCUAGAAAUCAAACAAUGCGGUGACAUGAUUCCAAAAAUAUUACACCAGUGCUUGAAGGCAAAUACUUCAAUGACAUCAUUGUUUGAUAUCACCCAUCCUCCAAUGAAAUUUAAGCUUGAAAAUAUAUUGACGUUUAUCAAUAGUGUAUUCUAUCUGGGAGUUAAGAACAGCAAAAAUGCAGAAACAAGACUUUUUCUACGAGGUCAAAUGAUUUGGAUAGAUGAUUUACGUUUGAUGAUGUAUGUUUGUUCACCGCGACUUUCAAGUUUAAUGGAACUGAAACAACUCAAUAUUUAUUUGUCAGAUAUACCGUUGUAUGAUGUAACAAGGGAGUUAAUUCUUCUUAAUCAACAGAGAAUUGCUGAGAUUGACAUAGCGAAAAAACUGGACGAAACGACAGCCGAAUUGAAGGUUACUUCUCGCCUUUUAGCAGAAGAAAAACAAAAGACUGACAAUUUGUUAUUCCAAAUGUUACCACAAAAAGUUGCUGACGAAUUAAAAAACGGCAGAACUGUCAAAGCUGAAAAGUUUGCCGAUGUUACUGUACUAUUCAGCGACAUAGUGACAUUUACUAACAUUGCGUCAGCUUGUACGCCAUUGGAUAUUGUUAGGAUGCUGAAUGAACUGUAUCAAAGAUUUGACGCCAGAACUAGUGAACAUGACGUUUAUAAGGUUGAAACCAUAGGUGAUGCAUACAUGGUAGUGAGUGGAGUACCGGAGGCCAAGAAAGUACAUGCACAGCCGAUUGCCAAAUUUGCUAUUGAUAUGGUAAAAGAAGCCAGCAAUGUUAAAUCACCGGCUACAGGAAAGCCUCUACAAAUACGUGUUGGAAUCCACAGUGGUCCUGUAGUAGCCGGAGUUGUCGGUGUUAAAAUGCCUAGGUAUUGUCUUUUCGGUGACACUGUAAACACGGCUUCACGUAUGGAAAGUCAUGGGGAACCUGGUCGUAUACAUAUAAGCCCGACAGCAUACAGUUUGCUCAAAGAUGAUCACUAUGUAUUCAGAGACCGACAAUGUAUAGAAAUAAAAGGAAAAGGUUUGCUACAUACAUACUUUCUUCUUGGUGAGGAUGGUAAAUUAUUGUCAGAACCAGAAGAUGUUUUCCAUUCUCUUACAAUUUUGAAAAAUGAAUUUCCAGUUAACGGAAGUGCGACUGAAACUAUAGAUUAUGAUAUUUAUAAAGAUGCCAGUACAACCAUAAAAAUCAGUGUCGUAUCACAGGACGAUAGUCAGAUACAAGGAAAUAGUAGCAACAUUGUUGAUAGAGAGACUAAGAAUCUUAAAAGUCAGUCUCAUUUUUUUCGAGGCAAUACCAGCACUACGUGUAAUGUUCUUUAAUUUGCGGCAAGUAUAAUUAUC